CGGCGCCUCAGUCUGGCCGCGUCCGUCGACGAGUUCACAACGUUUCUCACUUUUCAACACUUCUUUUCUCUUCUCAACUCAAAUAACUCAUUCCGCGAGUAACAAAAGUGUAUACAGUCAACACUCGAGCUCCAGCCAUUCAAUUUAUCAUCCAGAAUCAAGUGAUAAUGAAUUAUCCCGACGAUACGGGCUAGAACGGGAGUUUACGACGCCGUCAACGUCGCACUCCCAACGCGGCUUUCAGUGAAUUUAUCGAGAACUCGGUGCACGUCUGUCUGGUCGCAAAAAAAUUUUUUAAAACACGCGAAGGGACGAAGAAGUUUGCGAGUGUUGUGUGUGUGUGUGUACGUGUAGUGAUCAAUUCGUUUUGUUGAGUUGAAAAAAAAAAAAUUUUUUUUUUUUCUGUUAUUUUGUGCUGAUACUUCGCUUUGGAUACGAGUCGCGUUCGUUCACUUGCUGUACUUGUUUAUCGUUUUUGUUUUAUACGUGCUCCUUGCCAGCGAAGGGUCCCCUUCUCCCCCACCCCCCUUCCCUGUUAUUCCGCGUCCUCUUCACCUCCCUUCUCGGUUAUUUCUCCCCCCCCCCCCACGUCCUAUCCCGGUGUACGCGGGUUCUCGUUCAGUGCUGCUGAGAGCUGGUGCGUCUCCUUUCGUCGGCCUUCGCACUACGUGAACAAAGGGAACGAGGCAGGAGCGUGGUAUCGAUCGAUAUACCCAACCACGAAUUAUUCGCUGAGAAACGGAACCGGACGAACUGUCAGGACAAUUUGAGCUUUCGCCAGUGAGAAUGCAGUGCCAAAAAUCCAGCAGGAUGUCAAGUACGAGGCGAUGAGAGAACUGAAUGGAGGCCGAGGAAACUGCCGAGCCCCCUGGGGCUGAGAGCGUUGUGCUCCGGACGACAUCGAAUAUUUUUCUUAAUUCAGAAGAAUUUACCAGCGUCAAAAUGUUCUCGUCUUGUCAGUAACUUCAUCAAACUGUCAAGAAAAUAUUUAAUCUGAAGUGCCAGAGGAUCAAGAGUGAGAUGAGCCACUCAAAUUCAGCAACUCCAUAAAUUUUUACAAAAUCCUAGACAAUUUGUAGACCAAUUAUCGAUCAAUCAGACUCGACGAAAAAAAUGGCGGCGCCGGUGAUCGAGAAGAAACGAUUUUUCUGCCGAGAAUGGGCAUUUAUGAAAUUGUCCCACUGUCUGGAGCAGCGUCCAGCCUCCAAAACAUGUGGUGCACUGAUUGUCGGUGGUCCAGGAAGUGGAAAAACUGCUCUCUGCGCCGAGCUCGCCUGGCCAUCGACAUCAGCGAGCUCCAGACACCAGAGAUCAUUGAAUCGAAGACUGUUGGCAAGACAUUUCUGUCAAGCAAGAAGCGAAGCAUCUCUCUCACCAGCUCAAUUUGUCAGAUCCCUAGUUGCCCAAAUUUUGCAAGCAAGCACCGAUGGAAUUCACAUGUCAUCCCCAACAUCACCACCGACAAGUACAAUAUCAGCGUCAUCGUCGAAGGAAGCAGUGGCAGAGGCUUACGCUGAAAAGCUCAGAACUGAUCCUGACAUUCAUGCGGCUCUUCAACACGACGUAUUGGACAGAGAUCCAGACGAUGCCCUGAAAAAAGCUCUCCUAUUUCCCCUCUUAGAAGUUGAGCCACCAAAAAAUUGUCUCUUUCUCCUCGUUGACUCCAUCGACGAGGGACAAAUUCUCAAUCCACCACAGACUGGUACCAGAGAUUCACGACGUGAUAAUGACAAUGUCAGCCGAACAAUAGCUGAAUUACUUGCCAAUCAUCAUCAUCUCUUUCCCCAGUGGCUGUUACUCGUCUGUACAGCAAGAAGACAGAGCAAAACAAUAUCCAGAAUGUUCACGGGAUUUCGUAAAAUAUCACUGGAUGAUCUGAGAAAGAGCCAAGUUGUUCGUGAUGUACAGCAAUAUAUUCUUGCUCGACUCGAUGAAGAAGUUGCACUGAGACAGCACAUCUCCAGAGACACUGCGGAAAUGCUGAAUCAACUGCACAUCAAGAGCAACGGUUGCUUUCUGUACCUGGAGAAAGUUCUCGAUGGAGUAGCUGAAAAUUUUAUUGUCCUACGAGAGGUCAGGGAAAUACCUGGUACAUUGAAUGGACUCUAUCUGUGGCUGUGUCAGAGAUUAUUCAGCAGAAAACAAUUUGCCAAAGUUCAGCCACUGCUCAAUGUCAUACUGGCUGCCAAAUUGCCCAUCACCCAAGACAUACUCUACAAAUCCGUCAAGACAGCUCACACUACCAUCACCAUUGAGGAUUUCAAUCGUCGACUUCAUCUUCUGAGACGAGUUAUCUCUGUGUCUCGAGCUGGUGCACUGAUGUUAUUCCAUCACAGCUUUGCUGAAUGGCUUCUGGAUGUCAAGCACUGCACACAGAAGUACCUCUGUUCAGCGACUGAGGGACAUGCUAUGCUAGCUGGGCAUUAUACACUUCGUGGAGCCGAACUCACUGCCGAUGAAAUUUGUGUACUGGGGCAACAUCUUCAGAGAUGUCUUACCAAUGUUGGGGGGAAUUUGUGCAAUUUGGAUGCUCACACUCUUCAGACUUUGUGGAUUAUUGGGAGCAGGGUGCCCGUUGAUGAGUGCUAUUUGGAUAGUCCGGAGUGCCUCAUGUGGCCGAGACAGGACUCCAAGCUGUUGAGGCUACUCAUUGAUUCUGGGGCAAAACCGAGUGAAAAGGUCGUCGAGGACGAGCCAUCGAAGGAGCCUGUUUCUUCUAGUCAGGUCUCGCAGGACGUGAGCCCCAUAGAUGAAUCCCCUGGAGAACCUCUGACGGAAUUACUCGGUGAAAGUGGAGACAUAAACCAAGCGGACUCCUGUGGUCGUACAGUACUUCAUACUCUGGCAGCCGACGGUAAUGCAUCGCUCCUGGAGCUUGCCCUGACCGCGUGUCCCCAGGCGAAGCUGGAGGCAACAGACCGUCACGGCCAGACACCUUUGAAUCUAGCAGCGAGACACGGAUACACAGACGUCGUCAGGGUAUUACUGGCCGCAGGUGCCAGUGCAGACCAUGCAGAUUGCGACGGUUGGACUGCACUGAGAGCAGCAGCCUGGGGCGGACAUACCCAGGUACAUUCACAGCCAACCAUUUCUUCAACAAAAACAGACUCCGAUGUAGUCGUCGAAAUGCUACUCGAAUACGGUGCAAUGGUUGACUGCGCCGAUUGGGAUCAGCGUACGGCCCUUCGUGCUGCAGCCUGGGGUGGUCACGAGGACAUUGUAAAGGCGUUACUUCAACACGGUGCCGAUGUCAAUAGAACUGACGACGAGGGUAGAACAGCACUGAUAGCCGCAGCUUACAUGGGACACAGUGAAAUUGUUGAGCAUCUGUUGGACUUUGGUGCAAAGAUCGAUCAUGCCGACAGCGAUGGUAGAACUGCGCUCAGCGUCGCCGCACUCUGUGUACCGUCGAACCACGGUUAUGCAAAGGUGGUUACGAUAUUACUUGAACGAGGUGCAGCAGUUGAUCAUCAAGACAAGGACGGUAUGACACCCCUGUUGGUGGCAGCAUUCGAAGGUCACCGAGAUGUUUGCGAAUUACUUCUGGAAUACGAAGCCGACGUUGAUCACUGCGACGCGACAGGAAGAACACCGCUGUGGGCGGCAGCCAGUAUGGGUCAUGGCUCGGUUGUCGCAUUACUAUUGUUCUGGGGCUGUUAUGUCGACAGUAUAGAUAAUGAAGGAAGAACGGUGUUAAGCGUCGCUGCAGCUCAAGGGGGCACUGACGUUGUGAAACAGCUGCUUGAUAGAGGCCUCGAUGAACAGCACAGAGAUAAUUCUGGCUGGACUCCCUUACAUUACGCCGCAUUUGAGGGACAUUUGGACGUGUGCGAAGCGUUACUCGAGGCUGGUGCCAAAGUUGAUGACGUUGAUAAUGAUGGAAAGGGGGCAUUAAUGCUCGCCGCGCAAGAGGGACACACAACCCUUGUCGAGAGACUCUUGGUUCAGCACGGAGCACCCAUCGAUCAGCAUGCACACGACGGCAAAACCGCUUUGAGACUAGCAGCCCUCGAAGGCCACUUCGAGACAGUUGGUGUGCUGUUGUCUCACAAUGCGGAUAUAAACGCAAAAGACGCAGACGGUCGAAGUACCCUCUACAUUCUUGCCCUGGAGAAUCGUCUCGCAAUGGCGAAAUUCCUCCUGGAGAAUGCACGUGCUGAUGUGGAGAGCCGUGACUCCGAGGGUAGAACACCCCUGCACGUAUCAUCAUGGCAGGGUCACGACGAAAUGGUGGAUCUGUUGUUGAGCGCAGGAACAGCGAGUGUAAACGCCUGUGACAAUGAAAAUCGAACGCCCCUUCACUCAGCAGCGUGGCAGGGUCACGCAGGCAUCGUGAGAAUUCUCCUAGAGCACAGGGCGACACCUGAUCACACCUGCAAUCAGGGCGCCACAGCCCUGGGGAUCGCUGCCCAGGAGGGUCACGAGCACUGUGUCCGAGCACUACUCAAUCACGGUGCUGAUCCCAGUCACUCUGAUCACUGUGGAAGGAACGCAAUUAAAGUGGCUGCAAAGAGUGGUCAUGAUACAGUGGUGAGACUCCUGGAGGAGCACUCGGCGAAUCAGAGGAGCCUGAGACCAGCAGUCAAUGGUGGAAGCAGUUCAGCAACAUCAGUAACGUCUAAUUCAACAGCUGAGACAAAGCCCUCCUCGGCGAUUCUCAAUCCCCUCUCGACCCAGUACAGCCCGGCCGAGUCUCCGGACUCCACGAAGAGACGGAGCUGUGUAUCACUGGGGAAUAACUCCAGCAAUAGCAAGUCCAGCAGCAAUUUAACGGGAUCUACCAAGAGCGAUCAGGGAAAAUUCAGUCAAAAUCCAAUGGUCAAUCAAGUGAUCAAAGCACCUCUGUCCUUCACUCAACAGCUCCAACAGUGCUCCAGGGGUGUUAAGAGUCGGCCACUGAGUAAACUACUGUCACCGUUGAAGAGCGAGCCACAAUCACCAAUUUAUGCAUCACCACCGCACUCACCACUCAGUGAUAGUCUCAUUCCUUAUUCACCAACGAAUACGAGUCCACCCAGUGCUCAAACUGCUGCCAGUGUUAUUCAGAGCCAGUUGGGGGUUUCAUUGCUCACUGGCAAUCAGAGUAUUCAGUAUAAGCCACAGAGUGGGGGAUUUCAUCACACGGGAGCUAUUUAUGAGCCCAUUGAUAUCAAAACUGAAUUCAUUGAUAGGAAUGAUGGUUCCAAGCCUUUUGAACUCACCAAUGAAAUGCUGGGACUUAAAAUUAAGGAUAAGAAGAAUGGACAUGAUGAUAAGAGAAAUUCAGCGGAUACACAUUUUACCAGGGACACACAUAUGAGGAUUAUAUUGGGAAAUAGUGGAGCUGGGGUUGGAAGAAAUGUUAAACAUACGUCUGAUCAUGUUACAUCGAGUGCAAAUUCAAAACCAAAACGAAAUGGUUUGGUUACAAAUCCGGCAAUGCGACUGGUUGCAGGAGUACGCAAUGGAUUUGAAAAUGCAACAAAUCGAAAUAAACCAAUAACCACUCGAGUCAAUGGAUUCCAGUGGAAAGCUGAGACGCGCAAAGAGACACCUCUGUAAACUAACAUUGUCAAUAGAACGACGAAGAAAAAAAUGUUACAAUCAUCUGAGACCCGAGUUAGUGAACGAAGAAGGUGAAAGUCAAUAAAUGAUAAAUUAAUUCGUUUUAAUUUGAGCUAAAUCAAAUUGCCUCGACAAACGUAUGUACUUGACGAAGUCAUACGGAUUACGAAGAACAAAAAAAUAUAAUAAACCCAAUACCAAAUAUUAAACGGCAUAGGAAGUGUAUGUAGAGAAAUAGUGGCGUUAAGUAAUCGAAAAAAAAAAUAACUUUGUAUAAAUGUAACGUUAAUAACAAAAUUCUUAAUCGAUCUCACUAAUACCUAUUAUUAUAAAAAUAAUAAUGUUUGAUGAUAAUUUUUUUAGCAUCACGAAUGACAAAUACUGAGGAAAAUAAAUGAUAAUUGAGAUUGAGCCCUGGAAGACUGGUUGAAUUAACGAAGAGCGUAUGGUGCUCAAACGAUUUUAAUUAAAAAAAAUUUUGAGAACUGUAAAGAUAUGUAAAAAGUUUGGAAGAAUAAUGAUAAUGAGAUGACUGAUAUAUCGAUUUCUAGGUGAUGAGUAAAUCGAACGAAUGCUGAUGAAUACGUAAAAUAAUGGCCUCCAAUUAAUGAAUGAGCCUGUGUAAAUAUAUGAUUUAUGUACCGAACAUGAUCAUAUUUAUUAUUAGAUUGUAGUAGGUGAUAUAGUAAUAAUAAAUGAUGAGAAUGAAAUAAAUUAAACUAUUGAUUCUACAUGUAAUGAAA